AUGUUGGAAAAAAGAGAUACAGUUGCUUUCUCAGCUUACCGAUCAAAUUCACAAUCUUUGUCAAACGGUGAAAUAGUAAUUUUUGAUGGAGUAUGGACCAAUGUCGGGAAUGGAUAUGUACGAAGUAUUGGGGUAUUUAAAGCUCCAAAUCCAGGUCUUUAUCACUUGACUGCUGUUGUUAUUUCAACUGAUGGGAAAAGUCUUAGAUUGAAUCUUUAUCACAACAGAGUACGGAUGACACGAAGUUAUCUCACUGGCGAUGGUUUUAAAACCGGAACAUUUGAUGUUGUUAUUCAUCUACAGAUGGGAGACAAAGUUUAUAUCGACAGUGAUCAAAUUCGAACAAUCGUUAGUAACAGUAAUAAAUACGUAACAUUUUCGGGGAUAAAGAAUCACAUAAACUAA